GUUUUUAGUGGUAAAAGGCCUUUGUAAAGAUGAAUCGAUUAACCUAUAAUAAUAAAAACUUCAAAUAUUAAAUUACGGGAUGUAAUACUAUUAAUAUUUCCAUACUAGAAUGCAUACAGAUAAAGACAUAAAUGAAAUUUUUGAUGAUAUACUACUUUUUGAAGAAAAUAUCAUAGACGAAGCUUAUGAAGAAGGAUUUAAGAUCGGUGUUCUUCAAGGAAAUAAAGAAGGUUUUCAUUUAGGAUAUCAUAGAGGUUCAGAAAUAGCUGCAGAAAUAGGUUUCUACUUAGGUGUGACUGAGAAAUGUUUACAAUAUUUUUCUACUAAAGACCCCGAAAAAUUAGUCAAAUUUGCAGACGCUUUAGAAAAUUUGAAAAAAUGCUUAACUGAAUUUCCAAAAACAAAUACAGUUCAUGUAGAUAUAUUUGAAUUGUUGAAUACAAUUAGAGCUCAGUAUAAAAAGUUGUGUGCACAGAUUAAAAUAAAUAUACCAUAUCCAGAAAAAACGAACAUGUCUUUUUAA